ACAUGUGUGAUAAAAAAAUGUAAAUAUUGCGAUUUGAUUUGGAAAGUUUUCAUUUUUUCGGAGUAUUUUUCAGAAAAAAAGAUGAAAAUUAAACGCUAUAAGAAAGUGUUCAAAAACUUGAGCUUUUACGUGAACAAUUUCGGCUUUUUCAAGCCAUUUCAAGUCCUAGUUGAUGGUACAUUUUGUUUCUAUUCCCUUCAAAACAGAGUACAAAUCAAAGAAGAUGUUCCCAAAUAUCUCGGCAAUGAGAUUAAACUCCUUACGACUCCUUGCGUUAUUAUAGAAACCGAAAAACUUGGUGCUCAAGUUUCAGGAGCUAUGAAAAUAGUAAAAACUUUCGGAAUUCACAAAUGUGGUCAUAAAAAACCUGUGACCGGAUCUGCAUGUAUCAUGUCCAUGGUAGGAACUUCAAACUCAAACAGGUACAUAAUUGCUACUCAAGACGAAGAUUUGCAGAAAAAUUUACAAAAAAUACCAACUGUUCCGAUUCUCUACUUUAACAGGACUUCAGUUGUGCUCAAACGUCCUUCCGAAUCAACUCUGGAACUUGCUAAUUCACGAAAACAAGCCACAUUGGGCCUCAGCGAUUAUCAAGAAGAAGUGCUCAAUAAACUGAAACUCAAAACCCUAGGAACCCUCGAUAAACCCAAAGAUGACCUGGUGAUACCUAAAAAACCUCGAGGUCCUAAUCCUCUAUCGUGUAAAAAGAAGAAAAAACCUAUUGAAAAUCUCCCGCACCAACCAAUCAGCGAAGAGAAAAAACUCAAACGUAAACGAAAAAGAAUCAGAAUUCCAACCCACGUAAAACAAGAAUUACUAAGCUCUGUUUCAAACGCAUAAAUAUGUACAAUUUUGUGAUACUAUUUUUUAAGAAAUAAAACACUUCGUUACAUAA